AUGUCUGGAGGGGACUCGGUGGUAAUGGUGGAGAGGCCGGCAUGCCAGGGCUGCAGAACCGGCUCCCAGCGCCGGUGGAGCCGCCGAGACGUUCCCGAGCCGGUUCCACCAGAAACCCGAAAGCCAGCUGCUUUGUCCGCCACCGCCCCGCUCCCACAGGGGACACACUGCGUGCCUGAGAAUUUAAACACAAGGGCGGGGGAGGGACUCCGAAAGGAAGCGGGGCCUAAGCCGACCCUGCAAUCCGGUCUCCGGCCCUCACCCCUGCGGAGGGAACCCGACAAGGGGGGCGCGGCCCCGACGGGAGCAGCCCGCCGGGAAUCGGAGCGCCCGCGGACGCAGCGCCCCCUCCCGGCCCAGGCCGGCGCGGCUCCCUGCGGGGAGGAGGGACGCGUGUCUAAGCGGCGACCCGGUGGCCCGGCAGCGCGGGGGCGGGGACUCGCGGCCGGAACCCGGCGGCCCGGAAGUUAUGAGAUCCGACAUUAUGGACCAGCCAAAUGGGUCAGCACGUCCGUUGAGUCUAUGGACUGGGAUUCAGCCAUCCAAACUGGUUUUACAAAGCUGAGCAGCUACAUUCAAGGCAAUAAUGAGAAAGAGAUGAAAAUAAAGAUGACAGCUCCUGUGACAAGCUACGUGGAGCCCGGCUCAGGCCCUUUCAGCGAGUCUACCAUUACCAUCUCCCUGUACCUGCCCUCUGAACAGCAGCCUGAUCCGCCCAGGCCUUCAGAGUCAGGUGUCUUCAUCGAAGAUAGAGCAGGCAUGACCGUGUUCGUGCGGUCCUUUGAUGGAUUCUCUAGUGCUCAAAAGAAUCAAGAACAACUUUUGACGUUAGCAAGCAUGUUGAGGGAAGAAGGAAAAGUUUUCAACGAGAAGGUUUACUACACCGCAGGCUACAACAGUCCCUUCAAGUUGCUGGAUAGAAAUAAUGAAGUGUGGUUGAUUCAGAAAAAUGAGCCCUCCAAAGAAACUGAAUGAGGAAAAGAAAGGAGGUACCAUUGCUGAGCAUAGGCAUCAAGAGGACCUGCCCAUCAAAUGCAGGUCUAGUAUCUCUACCUGCGAGAACACGAUGAGUUGAACUGAUUUCCAAGGUGCCUUUUCAUGCCUGAAGCUUUAUCUAGAUGCACAGGUAACCGGGGCCGGUCUUCUAGAAGCAUGCGAGUCAGCCACAGCUCCAGCGGGUCUGUCUCUGUGCGGGUCCAGGAGGUGUCUUACUGCUUCACCGUUCUUCACUAUUAACAAUCAUGUUGGCUUUUUCACUUUGAUUUGUGUCAUUUGGAUGUUAGCGCCUCUAGAUAUUAUAAAUAAAAAUGUUAAAGAGGU